AUGUGUGGGGAAAUGGGUAAAGCUGUGCUGAGGGCGCUGACUGGCGCGUUGCUGUGUGGGCUUGUGUCUGAUGCAGCGUAUUUACAACAAUACGAUCCAUAUGAAACACACUACGAGCAAGCCGUCAUUCGCCCGAAGCCACUGCGUGAACACGAGAAGCCACAGGACCUUCGCAACGUGCCUGGUACGCCAGGAGUCGACUUCCCCAUAUACCACAGCGUGCCAGACACUAGCUUCUCCUGUGACCAUGUUCCUGUGAGGCCUGGCAUGUAUGCCAAUGUAGAGACUGGGUGCCAGGCUUACCAUGUCUGCCAUGACGGUCGCGAGGGUCAGCAGGGAGCUUCAUUCCUCUGUACAAACGGUACACUCUUCGACCAGGCCAAGUUCGCCUGCGAUUGGUGGUACAACGUCGACUGUUCUAAGGCCAUCACGCUUUACAAGUUGAACGCAGAUCCUUACCACAACCCGUUCAUACCUAAACCCAAACCUGAGGAGGAAGCCCCGUCCCAUGAACUCCGUCCAUCUCACGGAAUCUACUACAGAAAGAUCUAG